AUGGCCUUCCGUUUUCGGUCCUUGAACGCCGCUCAGGAGAAUGCAGAGUGCCGCAAUCGAAUAGAUGUCGUUCGCCGAGAGAGGCUGCAGCUGAUCCAGGCCGAUGGGCAGCCAGUCUUCAAAAAGCUGCAAAAUGACAUCAAAGACAAUAUGAGUAUGGUGUCCCAAAUCCAUCGUGAAAGCGACGCAGCGCGACGGGAGCAGGAGGAGCGGAUUCACAAAAUGGCUGCGCUGAAGAAGCAGGUUGAGGAAGAGAGGAAAGCCUUUAAGCGGAAGGUCCAAGAGCUCAAAGUGCAGUACAAAGAAAGAGAGCAGUAUGAGCUUAAAGAAAGAGUGAAGAUGGUCAAGGAGUCGGAUAAAAAGGAAGAGAUGGAUGGAAAGGGCAGCAAGACUCGCAGCUUGAAGGCUGAUGAGGAGGAACACUUCAAUUCAACGCUUGUGAUGCGUCGAAUCCUGAAAUUGGCAUUUUUGAAUGCCAUUCAGCGGAGGCAUAUUCGGCAACAUCAGAAGAACAUCGAAGUGUUUGAGCAGGCUUUUGCAACGAUCAAGUCAACUACCGGCAUUUCGGACAUUGAAGAAAUCGUGAAGAUUUUUGUUGCCCUGGAGCAGCGCAACUUCAGCCUGCUGACCUACGUCAACGCCCUGAACCGGGAAAUCGAAGCGCUUGACAAGCAGAAUCGCCAGCUAAAGGAACAACUGGCCAACCAGCAAGAAAUUGAAGCUGACAGCGAGAAGAAGAGGAUCGCAGCUCUCACGGAUUUGAAGUCGCAGAUCGAAAGUACUGCUGCAGGGACCGAAGACAAUAAGCUCCAGGCAUCGCAGCAAUCCGAGAUCAUUGACAGGUGCAGGCCGGUGAUCCAUUCAAUUCUCAAGACAGUCGAGCGAGAAAAUCGUGGCUUUGGCGGGCACCCAGCUCCAGAGUUCGGCAGCACGGGCGAAAAUUUGUUUGGCUGGCUUACAUACAUCGAGAAGACCUUGACCCAGUGGAAGGACUUCUUGCCUGAUCCCAGAGACAAGGGCCACUUCAAGACGCCCAACAAGAACUACAAAUAUACAGUGGGCAAUCAGGUUUUGGCCCUGCAGCCCAAGAAGCCCAACACGCAACCUGUUUCGUUGGUCAAGCCUAGCGAGCUACCUUCUGCCGCCAAUUUCUUCUUGGAGCAAGGGCCGAACCAGAGAGCAGCAUUGGGCCGAGAGGAGGAUUCCAGUGAUGAUGAAGAAGAACUCAUGGCACAUCCUUGGCCCAGGCAAGAUCUCCGUGACAAGGCCAAUGCCUCUGUUGCCAAGCGCAGACGUCACCGGCGCACGGAAGGCACCACAGCACAAGGUCAGCAAAGCGGACCUGGCGCUGAGCAGGCGCGUCCAGAGGAUGCGGCUCCGACAUCAGCGGCGCGCAGCGAUGAAGCGCCUGGAGAGCUCAACUAUGAGGAAAUCGUUGAAGGAAAGAAGGAUCAAGAUGAAGAAUCCGGAGGAUCAGACGAUUCGGAGUUGGAUGACGAUAUUGGUCCGACGGAUGAAGAGAUCAACGAAAUCUUCCUCAAACGUUACAAAAUGUCAAAGGAGGAGCUGCAAGGUAUGGCAGACAAGAUGGGCAUUCAACUCAACAACCUGUGCUACCUAAAGCAGGAAUUUGAUGCUUACGAUGAAGAUCGCAGCGGCUACAUUGAUGUCAAGGAGCUCAAAGGACUGCUGGAAAAGCUCGGAGAGGAGCUGAGCGAAGAAGAGCUGGACCAGGCAUUUAAGGAGCUGGACAGUGAUGGCAGUGGCGAGAUUGAGCCACUGGUCAAUUUGGCCUACAGAGCUCACAUCGUGGGAAUGUGGGAGUGCCCAGGGUUGCCCAGGCAGGCGACAGCAUCUUUGAUCGACACUCGUGCCGAAGUCUUGGUGACAGGUGCUGUGUCGAAGUCUGCAGGCAGUCCACAGGCGCUGGGCUUGCAGCGGAUCGUUCGGCAAGCGCUUUGGCAGGCCCAAACGUUCAAAGAACAGGUUCACCAGGACUCCCAUUUGUUUGACAAGCUCUAUGCAGGUGGAUCGCAGCCGGAAGUGGCUCAGCUCCAAACGUGUCUGAAAGAAGAAGUGGCUGAGGCGCUUGCGCUCUGUGCGCUUUUUUCGACCAUCAAGGAGAGUCUCAGCAAUUCGCACGCCUCACAAUCUCCCAAGGAGAUUGAUGUUUCCAGUCAGAUGGGAAACCUUGAAGUAUUGGCACAAGCUCCAGAGCAAGGUUUCGAGGACGUGUCUAUCACAGCCGAGGGCUGUGCGACGAGCAACUUCAGCGAUGAGGUUGCGAAUACGAAAUGUUUGGAAUUCUCAGUUGAAAAGAACCAGGAGCUCAAAGAAUGCAAUGCCCCUGGGCCCGACUUGGGUCCUUGUGAUGCAAAUGUGGACCUCCAACAACACCAGGGACAUCCUGAUGUGCAUAGGGCCGGGGAGGGCACUGCCCUGGAGUCGGGAUCCUUGCCCCAACAUGAGCCCGUGGCAAAUCAGUCAAAAUCAGAUGAGCAGGGGGAGAAGUUGGAUGCCAAGAUUGAGCAAGACGUAGAUCCGGCAGCAGAUGCCAGGCUAACUUUGCACGACCUUCCUGGAAAGGCUUCCGCAAGAAUAGCCAAAGCCCUGCCCUGCAAAGAGCUGUUUGCUUUGAGAAUGGCUUCAAAGGCUACCCUGAAAGAUACCAAUCAGCAGAUUGAGCAAAGGCUGAAGCAGCUCUGGUUCGAGGCAGUGAGGGGAAGCCCCGGCAAGUCAGCAAAGCAGAGCCGUGAGAGGUCCCGAAGUCGCGGAGGCGAAUCAGACAUGGAUGGCCCUGGAUCGCGAUCUGAGAGCUCUGAAAGCUUAGCUUCUCAAAAUGACCAAAGUGAUGAACAUGACCAAAAUGAUCAAAGUCCUCCUGCAGAGAAUGGCCAGCAAUCCUCACAAAACCCGACACCGUCCCCCAAAUCUGAUGAACACGGUGUCUCGCACCAGAAGUCCGCUCCUCAUGACGUUCCAAUUCUCCUGAAUAUCUAUGAUGUCACUCACUAUGCUGGCGUGCAAUGGCUGAAUGCCUUGUUUGCCAACCAGUAUUCCCCGGUCAAAUUUGGAGGGAUUUUCCAUAUUGGCGUUCAAAUUGGUCAGAAGGAAUGGUCCUAUGGGUACAAAGCGGACGGCACGGGCGUCUUUUGGACCCCGCCGCUCUUUCAAGCGGCCCACCAUUUUCGAGAGAGCGUGCGCAUGGCCCCGACCAAGUUAUCCAAGCGGAGGAUUGCCAGUGUGAUCACAGAGCUCGAAGCCGAAUGGACUGGACGUAGCUACAACGUGUUCGGUCGAAACUGCUGCCACUUCGCAGACGCUUUGUGUCAACGUCUUGACAUUGGACGCGUUCCUGAGUGGACAUGCCGUUUAGCCAACAUCGGCAGCACCGCUGCAGAGGCCAGACUCUCCUGA